AUGGAUCAGGCAAAGUUGGCUAGAAUGCAGGCGAGCGUGCGGAUUGGAGGCAAGGGUACUCCCCGCCGCAAGGUCAAGAAGGUCCACAAGAACUCCGGUGCCGACGACAAGAAGCUCCAGGCCACCCUGAAGAAGAUGAACGUCCAGCCCAUCCAGGCCAUUGAGGAGGUCAACAUGUUCAAGGAGGACGGAAACGUCAUCCACUUCGGUGCUCCCAAGGUCCACGCCUCCGUCCCCUCCAACACCUUCGCCCUCUACGGUCACGGUGAGGAGAAGGAACUCACCGAGCUCGUCCCCGGUAUCCUCAACCAGUUGGGCCCCGACAGCCUCGCUUCCCUGCGCAAGCUCGCCGAGAGCUACCAGAACAUGCAGAAGCAGGCCGGUGGUGAGAAGAAGGAUGAUGAGGAGGACGAUAUCCCCGAACUUGUCGAGGGCGAGAACUUCGAGAAGAAUGUCGAGUAA